CAGGAAACCCCUCGCUCGGUUUCUGGGAAGGCGGGGGAUGUGGGAGUUCGUUCUUUCCCGGCUGGCACCACCCACUGCGGAGAGUUGUUCCCCGGUCGGUCUCGGGGCUCUCAGCCUGACUGCGUUGGUGAUGCCACGAUCCAAUGAAACCUCAGCGAGCUCAGGCUUUGCGGACACUCACGGUUCCUGUCUGAGAUUAUCAGUGAUUGUCUGCCAGGGAUCGCAUUGCUGUUACACCCUAGUCAGAAAUGGGCAAUUCUGUGUGUCCCAUUUGUAUUGAAAGACACAGUCAUGACCGUGUGCAUACCGUCCUUUCUUUGGAGAUAAGUGCAGAUGCCCAUGUCCGAGGAUAUGUUGGAGAAAAGAUCAAGUUGAAAUGCACCUUCAAGUCGUCUUCAGAUGUCACUGACAAACUGACUAUAGACUGGACAUACCGCCCCCCCAGCAGCAGUCGCACAGAAUCUAUUUUUCAUUACCAGUCUUUCCAGUACCCAACCACGGCGGGCACCUUCCGAGACCGUAUCUCCUGGGUUGGAAAUGUGUACAAAGGGGACGCGUCUAUCAGCAUCAGCAACCCCACUCUAAAGGACAACGGGACGUUCAGCUGCGCCGUGAAGAACCCUCCCGACGUGUAUCAUAACAUUCCCCUGACGGAGCUUACGGUUACAGAAAGGGGUUUCAGCACCAUGCUGUCCUCUGUGGCCCUUCUCUCCAUCCUUGUCUUCAUCCCCUCGGCAGUGGUGGUCAUUCUGCUGCUGGUGAGAAUGGGGAGGAAAGCAACCGGGGCGAAGAAGAGGAGCAGGUCCGGCUACAAGAAGUCUUCCAUUGAAGUUUCCGAUGACACUGACCAGGAGGACAACAAUGACUGUAUGGCCAGGCUUUGUGUCCGUUGUGCGGAGUGUCUGGAUUCAGACUAUGAAGAGGCGUACUGAUGAAGUGUGUGUGAUGGAGGAAGUGUCACCUAACAGCAGGAAAUAUCCCAUUUCCCCAGCCAGGAGUGCCACUGGCGGGGACAGCAGUGACAGAAGAAUCUGACGGUCAUCAGUGAAGACUUUAAGGACCAUUUAUUUAUUGAAGAAGUGUUCAUUUUAUAUUUAUAAACUGUUCAGAAAUUUCCAGAAGGGACUCAUGCCUUUCCUUCUUAACAUGCUCUGACUGAACAAAGAAAUUCUUGUCUUGAACAGAAACACACCCCUUGGUUUACCUUUGCUCUUGAAUGUAGUUCGUGUGUAGUUCGUGCUUCCUUUCAGUUGCCUAAAUGUCUGUCACUCUGCAAUGCCAAAAUUAUACUUUUUAACGAUGUGGAGCUUGUAGCUUCCUAAUGAUGUGCCAUGAACAACACACUUGUUUGGGAUGGGUAGCUUUUGCUUCUUCACAAACGUUUUCUGUUGCAAGUAUUUGGUAUGCACUAUGUGGUUUGAUGGUCAUCAGUUGUGUCUGGGUGGCAUGAAGUGUUUGACCACAAUUUUGAUAGACUCGGUUGGCUCACAAGUUGUAGGCUUGCUUUGACUGGGUCUCUUAAGUAUUAGUGUUGUCAAUUUACAGUUAAGGAACCAAAUUUUGAGGUAUUGUAGUCUUUCUCAUUUGUCUUGCUAGGUACAUUUUGGGCCAAAGAAUGUUAUUUUGUGUUCCUACAGCUGACUAAUUUGUGGUUUCCUCCUUGGUUUUUUAAGUCAGGGGUAAGAAAUACCUCUUAAGAAGGUUUUAAGAGAGACUUAUGAAAUAUUUUUGUAGUCCUUUGCUUUAGGUCUUUCCACUUUUCUUGUGUUGUUGUUUAGAACUUCUAGUUCCAAGUUGCAAUAGUGAUGGGCACAUUGUUGUGUCUGCAAGCUGGUUUUCUCGGUACUGGAGAUGAGGAAGUAAGAUUGCGCAGAGCAUCUCCCUUCUCUUCUCUCCAUGCCUUGCAACCAACACCACUGCUGUCUUGUAGCAACUUAUUUAAAAUUUUAAUUUAUAGUAGGUUUUCUAUAAACCAUUCAGAUGUACCUGAUGUAUCAGGAAGGACUGACUGACAGCAUGUGUGCAAACGGCCCUCUCUAUAAAGUGACAGGGCUCACUUCUUGAUUGUGAGAGUCACAAGUGACCCCUUUCCCAGCCUUGGUUGUUUCAUCAUGGUGGUCUUCUUCCUAGUUCUUCCUAAAGUGGCUUGGGAGGGCUCCAUAUUAGUUUUAUAAACUAUGUAGCUUAUAAAAGUCAUUCUACUUACCACCAAGAUCUUAUUUUUGAAACUGGCAUCGUUAACUCUGCUUUGAAGAUUUGUUAAUCUAACCUGCUGAUCCAUGAAUCUGAGUAGCUGAUAAGCGCUGUGAUUUAGCUCUGGUCACGGAAGCCCAUGGAAGAGGCAGAGGAGGAACUGGCAUUCUGCAUCUUUGGUGCCUAGACUUCAUGGUUCUUUGGGCUACUUGUUAAAGAUGUGGUUGUCUGCGGCCACUCCAGUGAGACCAUUUCUGACAGAUCAACACAGAGGAUAGAAUUCUGGUACCAAGCAUAAAUAACUGGACUCUCGCAGAUCUGAAGAGAGGGAUCCAGUUAUGAGGGGGCCAUGCUGUGGGCUUCAUUGCUAUGACAGAGGUGUUACAAGAACCCAUUUAAACCAUCAUCCUGUGAAAAUGAAGGACCAGUUUCAUGUCUUAGGACUUUCCUGCAAGUGUGUUGUGGAACUUUGUCUAACUUAGACAUUGGUGAGCUAGGUGACUGAUGCCCAACACACACACACACACACACACACACACACACACACACACACACACACUGUUGUGUUCCCUGUUUUGAAAUGGUUCUUUCGCUUUUAAAUGACAGACCAAUGAAAGCCUUCAUUGUAGGGAAGUCAAUCAUUUUAUUUGUUCCAUGGGUUUGUGGUUACAUCCAAGACUUAGGCCCUUCAGUUUCCUUUUUCACUCUUAUGCCGAGGUUUGUGUGAUAGCCUUUUGAUCCUAAGGACAAUAAGGCAGUGUAUGGAACACUCCCUUCUUUAAAAAUGAAUGUAAGAUAAAAGGUUUUUGUUUGUUUGACUUACUGUUUUAAUAUCUUCUAAGUUGCCAAUUCUCAUACCCCCCCCCUUUUUUGCUGCUCUGUGGGCUCAAAUCACAUGACAUUAUAGCAUUGUCUGGGAAGAGAUUUAAGUUUUUCAUUGUGGUUGUAUCAUCUUCUGAGUUUUAUGCAUUAUGGUCUCUUAAAACUUAUAAAAUGUGAAUUUAUAAAGUGCUUUGUUUUCCCUUUGUGACUUCAGGCUACUUGGGAACAUCUUAACUGUCUGCAGCUCCUGAGUGAGGCCACGGUGCUUCAGAAGGGAAAGUUGCCCCUCCCUCGUGUGUGUGUGUGUGUGUGUGUGUGUGUGUGUGUGUGUGUUUUACAACAACAGAAAACCUGGAGGCCAAAUCCUGAGCUAGAAUAUUCUAUCGUAUCACUGAGCUCCCAUUCUGAAGAGGGGCUCUAGGAAGAUCCAUGGAGCGGACUGAUUGCACAGCUCAAAACACUCCAGUGGUGAACUCUUCACUGCUGCAUCUCAUUGACUUUUAAACUUAAACUUCUUGUUUGCCGGAGGCUGUGAGCUGUAAGGCUGCAUGCACAGACACUGUGACUCAUGGAAUCUUCACUCCACUGUAGUUAAUAAACUUCUUUGCACCUUG